CUUUACGCAAGUGCUGUGGGAGUCUUCUCUACUGCCACAUUAAAUAUUCCCGUGCACCCUCGCUGCGGCUUGCAUUGGCGACCUCUUGUCCACCAUGGCCGAGCCAAUCUUGAACGACAUCUCCCACCGGCGCUUCAACCUGCUGCGCGGAAGCUGGGUGCUUGUUUCGCCGCAUCGCAACAAGCGGCCGUGGCAAGGCCUCAAAGAAUCUCCGUCCAAAACUACUCUGCCAGAAUAUGACCCAGAGUGCUAUCUAUGUCCUGGAAACACGCGCGCGAACGGCCGGAAGAACCCCAAGUUCAACAAGACCUUCCUCUUCGUGAACGACUACAGCGCGGUCAAGGAAGACCAGGAAGAGUACCACCCAGAGCGCAAACCAGGAUCGCUAGCCACACGACUACUCAAAGCAGAAUCAGUCACCGGGAAAUGCUACGUCAUUUGCUUUUCGCCGUCUCAUCACCUCACCCUCGCGGACAUGACCCCCGGAGAAAUUAUGCCCGUCAUCCAGACUUGGACAAGUCUCUACACGGCACAUCUAAGUCCGAAAUCGCCUCUCGCAAGGGUCGCUGAAGCUACGUCAAUACCCCCGGCAUCUGAAGGGGAUCCAAUGAAACCUAAUGCCCAAUACCGUUACAUGCAGAUCUUCGAGAACAAGGGCACUACCAUGGGAUGCUCAAACCCACAUCCCCACGGCCAGGUGUGGACAACUACAUCACUUCCUGAAGAGCCAACAGCGGAACUAGAGCAAUUGAGCAAGUACCGCCGGGAGAAUGGCGGGUCUCAUCUUUUGGUGGACUACGCCGAACUGGAGUCAAAAGAGAAGGACAGAACCGUCUUCGAGAACGAGUCGUUUUGGGCAGGCGUGCCUUACUGGGCGGUGUGGCCGUUUGAGGUUAUGAUCGUAAGCAGGCACCACAAACGGGCGCUGGUGGACUUCAACGACAAGGAUCGCCUAGACCUAGCGGAAUGUCUAUCAGAAAUCACGCGGCGGUACGACAACCUGUUCCAGACGCAGUUUCCCUACAGUAUGGGUCUCCAUCAAGCACCACUAGAGGGAUCAGACGAGGAGAUCGAGUCAAGCCAUUUCCACGUCCACUUUUUCCCUCCGCUACUACGCAGUGCGACCGUCCGGAAGUUCCAGGUCGGAUACGAAAUGCUGGCUGAGCCGCAACGAGACAUCACUCCUGAGCAGGCUGCGGAACGCUUGAGGGCCUGCGGUGGCGUCCUUUAUCGCAAGAAGUUGGACGGUGUCAUGACAAAUGGCGUCCAUGGAGAGCAAAGCGAGGCCGGAGGUGUGCAGCAAGGACAGUAGCCGGGAGGUGAUAGGACCGAGACAUGGAGUCGAUAUCUUCUUGCAUGUUUAAGCUGUCCAUUUCGGUGUACAUAUAGAUCGCAUGGGACCUUAGGAUACCUGGACUGGGAGUAUUGCGCGUAAACUACACUGCAUAGAGGAGGGUGAGGAAGGGAGUUGGGCAGCAUUAGCAUGGGGCGUAAUGUUACUGGGCGCAAUAGUCACUGCAAUUCAAC